AUGUCCGCCGAAGCGACCGCCGCGAUGGCGUCUGCGCCCGAGAAAGAGAUGGUUGAGAUCGAGGUCGCAAGUGACCAACCCAGCAACGAUGCACUCAAUAAUAAAGCCACCGGCCUCCACUCACCGCCCGAUAGUAACAGUGCAAUGAAGUUGGACGGUAGCGACGAUUCCGAAUUGAGUGAUCUCGACGAUCCCUCGUUUAUGGAUAUGGAUAUGGACAUGGACAUGCACUUGCACAUCAAGCCGUCUUCUCCUGCUCCACCACCUGAACCUGCAAAUGAUGAUCAAAACGUUAAGCAAGAGGAAGAGGAAGAUAUUGGAGAGGUCAUUCCUGACCAUUGGUCUGGUACUGUUCCUGUCUUCAAACCGAACAUGCACCAGUUCAAGGAUUUUAAGAAAUUCAUGACAAAAGUCGAUUGUUACGGGAUGAAGUCUGGCAUUAUCAAGAUCAUCCCGCCCAAGGAAUGGACGGACAAACGUCCUCCUCUGGAUGAUAUGAUCAAGCAAAUCAAAGUUAGAGAACCUAUUAAACAGGAUAUCAUGGGGUCCAAUGGAACCUAUCGACAAGUCAACAUUCUCCACCAGAGAUCCUACAAUAUUCCACAGUGGCGACAGCUCUGCGACCAAAGUGAACACCAGCCUCCUGCUAAACGAGGUGAGAGGCGUGCACAGGCACCGUCUAAACCGAAACCAGCUUCGUCCUCAAGUGCUACCGAUUCUAAGAGACGUCGAUCGACUAGGGGUCGAGGUAAGCGAGGUACAGCAAAAGACAAGGUAGACCAAGAAGACCGGCCGAUGACACCCGUCUCGCCAAAACCGAACGAAGAGAUUGUUGAGUCCGUAGAGCAGGACCCGGGUGCUGAGGUAGAUGAUGAUGACGACGUCCCCCGGGUUGUUGGUCGGAUGGGUGGCGCUAGGCAGGCCAAACCUAAGUUACAAUCUACAUCAGCUCGGAGGAAGUUCUCGAGGCGAGAAGCAUCAGCUAGGAUCGAUGAGGGAGCCUUCAAGGACUUCGAUUACCGUAUGGACAUCUCCGACUACACACCCGAUAGGUGUGAGGAGCUCGAGCGCAUAUACUGGAAAACUCUUACUUAUGCACAGCCACUGUACGGUGCUGAUCUUCCCGGAACGCUUUUUGAUGACGAAUGCGAUACUUGGAAUCUUAACAAGCUUCCGAACCUCCUUGACGUCUUGGGUACAAAGGUUCCCGGUGUUAACACGGCAUAUCUUUACCUUGGCAUGUGGAAGGCGACUUUCGCAUGGCAUCUUGAAGAUGUCGAUCUAUACAGUAUCAACUACCUACACUUUGGUGCUCCGAAGCAGUGGUACAGUAUUUCUCAGGGCGAUGCGCGCCGAUUCGAAGCUGCGAUGAAGAGUAUCUGGCCAACAGACGCGAAGGCUUGCGACCAGUUUCUACGACACAAGGCUUUUUUAAUCUCGCCAAACCACUUGGCAAACUUCUACAACAUCAAAGUCAAUAAGUGCGUCUCUUACCCUGGAGAGUUCGUUGUUACUUAUCCGUAUGGUUACCAUUCGGGGUAUAAUCUGGGCUAUAAUUGUGCCGAGGCUGUAAACUUUGCCUUGGAUUCCUGGUUGCCGAUGGGAAAGAUCGCCAAGAGAUGUGAAUGUGCUCAAGCCCAAGAUAGCGUUUGGGUUGACGUGUAUGAGAUCGAGCGUAAGUUGAGAGGAGAAGAGACGGAUUAUGAAGAAACUGAGGAUGAAGAGGAUGAAGAUGAGGACGAAGAUGAUGAUGACCUCGAUAAUGGUGUAACGACACCGCCUUCGUCUAAUGCUGUGAGAUUCAAGCAGCCUGGGCGUAAACGUAAACGUCCAGCAGCAGAUAAAGGAGAGAAGCAGAAGGCCAAGAAGAUACGACUCCGUGUCAAGAACCACAUUGAACCACCGUGUUGCCUAUGCCCCCACGACAUACCAGGACAAGAGAUUUUACCGACAAGCGAUGGUCGCAAAGCCCAUAGAAUCUGUGCACUCUACGGACCCGAAACCUGGGUUGAAACAGUUGAAGGAAAAGAAGUCAUCGCCAAUGUUGAAAACGUCAGCAAAGCUCGCCUAGAACUGAAGUGCUUGUAUUGCCGCUCUAAGAGGGGUGCUUGUUUCCAGUGUUCCCAAAAGAAAUGCGCUCGUUCCUACCAUGCGACUUGUGCCGCAGCGGCUGGAGUUCUGGUAGAAGAGGCAGACGUUCCCAUAUUCGGUGAGGAUGGAACCGAAUACAAGGAACAAGCUUUCGAGUUCAGCUGUCGUUUCCAUAGGACUAAGAGAGAUAAGAAGUUAGAUGGGGAUGGAUUGGAAGAGUGUCAGAAGACCCGCCAAGCGGCGACUGCUCUCAAAAAGGGGGACAUAUGUCAAUUGCAGUAUUAUCGCGGGGAUAUAUUCGCAGGUGUUGUCGUUGAGAACCGGGCUGACGAACAGAUGUUCCUUGUCGACAUUAUACCAAACGGGGAACGUGUUGAAGUUGAAUGGAAAUGGCUUCUCCUUCCAGAUCCAGCCGACUUCCAUUUACCGAAAGCGUCUGCGAAUGCUGUUCCCAUGCCAACGUCACGUAAGGCUAAGGAUCAGAUCAAUGCCACAAAGCGAGUCACAGAGGAGCUUCCACGCGCAGAUGCACCAUUCGUCGAUGGAUUCACCUGGUCCGAAUUCAACUCGUAUAAUUGCUCGAACAAGUUUCAAGCUAAAGUGGAUCUGUCCAAGGAUAACCAGAUCUGGUAUUACCUUGGUAGAACAUCGACAGAAGCGCGUGCUCAAUACACAGAAGAUCCGAAGAAUCCUAGACACAACCCUAAGAGUAACUUCUUAGAAACUGUUCCUCGACCGGCUCCACCUACAGCUCAACCCCGAAAGUCAUACGGAUCCACGUUUUCGGUACAGACUCCGACUAUAACAGGAGCGAAACCUGAGAAACCAUACCAGUACAAGCCAAGGGAUCCUGUUAUUCCUUCCUAUGUCCAUUCUUCCUUUACGACCCAACAGUUCAUUCCGCAGCCUUCUCCCUUCACGGCACAGCAGUACAUCCCAAGGCCGCCGUUCUAUCCUCCACAAAGCACAGCGUCAAAGCUGGUUCCUGCCCCCGAGCAAACCUUACAGCGCACUCCGCAGCAACCUAUACCAAAACCAGUGCCUACGCCACCUAUUCUGCAACAGAAAGGGCCAUAUACACCACAGCAGAAUAUCCAGAAACCGGUCUACACCCCCCAGUUCAUUAACCAUUACCCUCCACAGCAAUCUAUUCGUCAACAGACUUCUCCGGAUCAGCAAAGCGGACAAUUUAUUCCUCAGCAAACUACACAAAACCCAGUUUCUACCCCGCAACAUAGCAGACAAUCCUCCGCCCCACACGUUAUAUCGAGGCCAGCUCCUGUACCUCGACCAACACCUCCGCAGGGCGGACACACUCGGAAUCGGUCUUCACUCGGUGGUCAGUCUUUGGCGUUCGGUUCGGAUCAUCGAUUUAGGACGCCGCCAUUCUCGUACGGGGGUAGCCGAAUUGAUUCUACCGCCAAGUCGCCCUUUAGCCAUGGAUUCACGCAACCUCCUGGCCUUGGGCCCUCGCCGUCACCGCAAAACGGCCAACUAUUCCAGGCCCAAGCCAGAGCUAGGUCUGGGUCGCUGGCAUCUAACCGUUCAUUCGACACGCCGAUGACAUCGUCUGCCAUUCGACCAUCUUCUGCAUCCGCUCAAGGGACUGUGGGAGAAGCCAAGAUACCUCCGCAAUACAAUGCGCCUAAGCAAGCGCGACCAAGCAUCGUCCAGAGAUAUGCCUUUUUCCAGGUUCAUCACAAUAGAGAUUCUACCAAGUAUAGGACACCUUACGCCAAUUGGGGUGGUUUUACCAACGGUUACGAAGACAAGAAACUUCGAGGCCCGCAACGAGCAAACUACUGUUCAAGCACACCAAGCUAUGCCAAAUCAUCAAUCGCCAUCAACGCCACUGUCGUCUUCUCAGGUCACUUCGGUCCCGUCGCCAAUGACCAUCUCAGCUCCAAACCCCAACUCAUCACAACCCAAGGUAGAUACCCCCCCACUAUCGGAUACGGCUACUAUGGGCCAGAAGCAACCCUCAUCAACGGGCUCAAUCGCUUUGGCAAGAACACCAAGUCUACCACCUAG